AUGUGUUAUGUUGGAAAAGCAACAAAGAUUUUCAUCUUCAUUGUCAUUGUUAUGGCUGUUAUUGGCCUUGUUCUCGGUUUCUCUCUCUUAAAACACGGCGUUCAUAAAUCUCAAAAAUGUUCUGAAUCUGAUCCCUCUUGUUCUUCUCCAACUACACUUAACCAAUUUCCCAACCCGAUUUCAAGCCCAUUGAUUAGCACUAACCCGAACACCAAUCCGUACCCGCCUCCUAAUCCAAAUCCUACCUCAAACCCACCUCCGACCCCGUAUCCUCCUCCGAGUCCUGAGUCUAAUCCAGUAAUGCCGCCGCCGCCGCCAUCUCCAUCGCUUUCGCCACCUAUACCUCCGCCGUUAUCUCCAGUGGUUCUGCCUUCUCCACCACCACCGACUGAUUUCCCAUUGCCUGUGAUUGCUGCUCCUCCGCCUGCGUUUAAUCCGCCGAGUCGGGUUGUGGGGUCUACCCCAGGUCCAAUGCAUGCUUAA